GACGGAAGAAGCAGACGGAUAUAGAAACGCGGAGGAGCAGAGGCGGAAGGAGGAGGAGUUGGUGCUACAGGCGCUCAUCGAGCAUCGGAGGAAAGAGGUUGAGCAUCUACGGCAGCGUAUUGCUUACUACGAAUCUGAGGUGCAUUUGUAAACGGUUUGUGUUUUGAGACUGAUAUUCGAGGGCUGAAACUUGAUGGAGAUGGAUAGGGAAGCACAUGUUUUACUUUUAAUUAAUGUUAUUUUCUGUCGUGUUGAAUCAAAUCCAUAAAUGAUGAUUAGGGUUUAUAAUCAUAUAUAGAUGUUUUUCUUGUAUUUGUUCAUCUCACAGCAUGUAAACUAAGUGGCAUCUUGUAUUUGUUCAUCUCACAGCAUGUAAACUAAGUGGCAUACUUUUGUUUGAUCUUUGAUAAGCAGAUAGCACUAUCCAGUUGCUUGCAUCGAUCACAUUUUUUGUACAUGUAAUGUUGUUUUAACGGCUCAAGUAAUAAACUAACAGCAUGUUAUUUGAUUGAUUAAAUAAACAUGCUCUAUGUGUUAUUAUAAUGGACGUAUAUUGUGUGUUUCUUUGCCAAAAGUUUUGUAAUUUUUACUGUUUGGACUAUGCGGGCUUGUUUUGUUUUGGUUUGAGAUUGGAGUUAUGAUUUUGGGUUUUGUUUAAAUAGUAAUAUUAUGUGAUGUUUUGUUAGAUUAAAUAAUGUAUUUUUUAUUUCGAACGGUGCAUAAUGGUGUUUCUUUUGGUUUCACACAACAUUAGAUCAAAUAUAAUUUAAAUACAAAACACAAACCAAAUCUUUCAAAUCCAAACUUAAAGAAACACACCUAUAGUGUUUAGAAAUUCUCUGCAAAUAGGAAAUAUUUUAGGGUGUGGUUGUUUGGGGUUUGGAUUUUGAGUGGGAUUUGAAUAGUAAAAAUUUUGAAUUUGAAUAGUUGUAUAAUGUGAUAUAAGAUGUGAUGUUUUGAAUGUAAAAAUAAUAUUUAGUAUAAUAUAAAAAAUGUAAAAAUAAAAAAUGAUGGUGUAGUAUUUGAUUUGAUGUUUUUGGGGAAAAAAAUUAAUGAAUAGUAGAAAUUAGUCAAAGUAUGUCAAACGUACACACCCUUUAGAUGAUCCCAUAGGUACUACUUGUCGUGCAAUUUUUAUUUAUUGUUGGAUGAUGAACCCUCGGUUAAUGUUUAUGUUGGUGUUGCAAUGCAGCUUGAUGAAGCAGAGAAGAGGUUGGAAGAUACCCAAAACAAAUUGGCUUGUCUUCGAGAAUGCAAUGGUAAAAAUGCUUCACCGAAUUUUACAAAUAGGAAAGAAACAGCCAAUGUCAAAAGAUCUGCAUGUCCUAUCCAGACAAUUGAAACUUCUGAGAAACGGCAUCUACCUCCAUCGUCGCAGCAGCAUCACAACACCACAAUGUCCUCUGCUUCUCAAAACCAAACACCUUCUCGACCACAACUCAUUAUUCCUUCAUUUCAGAACAUUCCCCAACUUAUAAAGAAAAAAGAAUCCGGAAGUGUAGUUUCUACUUCUGCCCAACAGUCCACGCCAUCAACGCCUCUUGUUGAUGUGAAAGCUGAAAAAGAUUGUAGCAUAUCUUUGGGGAAGGAAAACAUGGAUGCUGAAACAAAAGGAACAAAAAGAAAAAUUGAUCAGGUAGAGAAUAAAGAUUUGAUUAAGUUAAUAAGCAAAAGCUCGUCUCCGGUUACCAUUAGCUGUCAGACUGGAUGUAUUUUGCCUAGCCAACACAAAAGAAAGCCCAGAAGUCUAGUUUUGUGUCCCACUAAUGACCAGUUAUUUGCGACCAGUGCAUUAGAUGGAGCUGUCAAUCUGUGGCAACUUGAGGGAAAAGGAUCUAGUGCCAAUCUAUUAAGUUCUACUGAUUGUCCGUCUGGCAAACAGAGAUGGCCUGAAGAUAUUGCAUGGCAUCCGCUCGGAAAGAAACUUUUUUCCGUUUAUUGUGCAGAUAACGGGGAUUGUCAAGUCUCAAUCUUGAAUAUGAACAAGGGUAAACAGAAACCGAAGCUGAGCUUUCUCAAAGAAAAGCCUCACAUUAAAGGCAUCAUCAACGGUAUAAUGUUUAUGCCGUGGGAUAAAAAUCCCUUUGUCACUGGAGGAAGUGAUCACGCAGUAUUCCUUUGGUCCGACAAAGAUGGCAAAGACUUGUGGAAACCAACGCUAUUGCACAAUGAUUAUCAUACCUCAGCCGUAAUGGGCGUUGCUGGAUUGCUCCAUAAGGACGUUGUAAUGUCUGCCGGUGCAGACAAGCGUAUUGUUGGGUUUGAUGUAGCAGCAGAAAGACCCGAUUACCGGCAUCAAACAGACAGCAAAUGCAUGAACGUUCUACCCAAUCCGUGCGACAACAACCUCUUCAUGGUUCAGACAGCGACACACGAGCGACAACUUAGAUUGUUCGAUUCAAGAUUGAGGCAAUCGGAGGUUCAUGCACUCGGAUGGAAGCAAGAGAGCAGCGAAUCUCAGUCUGCCCUGAUAAACCAGUCAUGGUCUCCAAACGGCCUGUACAUAACCUCCGGCUCGGCUGACCCUGUCAUUCACAUAUUCGACAUUAGAUACAACGCGCGCAAGCCAUCCCAGACGAUCAGAGCGCACCAGAGGCGAGUCUUCAAAGCUGCAUGGCACUGUACACUCCCUCUGCUCGUCUCCAUUUCUUCAGACCUUAAUAUUGGUUUGCACAAAAUCACCUAACGGCCCCCGGAAACAGGCACAUUUUUGCAUCGGAUUUUCGACUGUGGUGCAACGAAUGGUUCUCUAUUGUUCCGGAAAGUUCUAGCAGCCUCUUGUGAUUUGGGACACUUUGUGAGUUCAGUUUCUUUGAUGAUCUUUUCUUGCACAGUUUUGAUUAUGCUUAAUGGUGACAAGUGCAAGAAGUUACAACUUUUUUGUUCAAAAUUACUUGAAGUCCGAUCGGGUAUUUAAGGUAAAUGUAUUUCAAAUAACUAUUAUACUAUAAAAAAUUUGCAAUGCCAUAA